CCCCAACAGAUGGCAGAGAACGAAUCAUCGCUCAGUCGUUCACUAUAUUUCGGUAUCUAGCACAUCAACGUUAGCAUCCUACCUGUAUACCGUCUGUGUCAAAGGCUUGUAUUGUCAUUAAUAAUGGAUUGAGGACAACCAAAACAAGAAAAAGUGACAUACAGUUUCUGCUCGUAGCAAUAGUAUGGGGGCCAUAACCAGCAGGCAAAAUGCAGGUGUGGAGGAGGUGGACAUUGGAGUCAAUCAUGCCUACAGAUAUCCUCCAAAAUCUGGAAACUACUUCAGCAGUCAUUUUAUAAUGGGAGGGGAACGGUUUGAUACAGCUCAGCCAGAGAUGUAUCUCUUUGGUGAGAACAUGGACGUCAACUUUUUAGGAUCACGUCCUGCUCCUUUUCCAUACCCAGCUCCAACUGCAAAUGAACCGAGCAAAACUCUAAAAGCACUUAUCAACAUUAGAAAGGAGAGUUUACGUUUUGUCCGUGCACCUGAUGAAUCUGCUACUCUAAAAGAACUUGAUGACACUACUGCAGCAUCCAGAUUCAAUAUUGAAUUUACAUUUGACUGUGAUGUGCGGUGUGCAAUCACCAUCAUGUACUUUUGCUCAGAAGAGGUCACAACCAGUGGCAUGAACUACACUCCACGUGACCCAAGUAUGAAUUCAGAAACAUACCACUACAAGAGAGGGGCAAACCAGCAGUUCUCUCAAGUGUGUCAUGUCUUUGAUCCUUCUCUGUAUCCUGAAGAAGAGCUUUUAUACAGCUUUGACAGAGAGGUUUUACCCAUUGUCAUUUAUUGUGUUGCAGAAGAAGGAGAGGAUCCCCGUCAGUCCCAUGUUACUUUUGCAGUUGUGGAAAAACACAGUGAUGGCUAUGCAUUAAAGCCCUUAAAACAGAAAUUGUUUGUAGAUGGCCUCUCGUAUCUUUUACAAGAAAUCUAUGGCAUAGAAAAUAAGAAUGCAGAUAAUUGUAAGGUUUCAACAGAGGAAGAUACUGAGGACAACGGGGCUGAAUGUGUUAUCUGCAUGUGUGACCUGCGUGACACUCUAAUCCUGCCAUGCCGUCACUUGUGUCUGUGUAACUGCUGUGCUGACUCUCUCAGGUACCAAGCCAACAAUUGCCCUAUUUGCCGUGCUCCGUUCCGAGCUCUCCUGCAGAUUAAAGCCUUACAGAAAAGUUCUGGAACAUGUACCAAUCCACAGCCAAACUCAGAGGUUGAGAAGCCUUUUGUGGUUGUUUCCAUCCUCUCUGCUGCAUCUGAAGGAGAGGAAGAGGAAGAAUGUUUGCAUGACAUUGGUUAUUGGGGUGGGGACAAUGUACCUCCAGGUCAUGAGGCAGUUUCUCUCAUUGAAGCCCUCAAUGGCCCAUCUGUGGCUCCUCAGCAGCCCACUGCUCCACCAGCACAUGAGAUGUACGUCCAGUUGCCUCAGAAUGCAACUGAUGUGCCAGCACAUGACUUGUACGUCCAGUUGCCUCAGAAUGCAACUGAUUCGCCAGCUGAUUCUCACAUUCGUAAUGAAGCAUCCAGGUGUUUCAUUGAGAGUAUAACUGUUCGGUCUGGGACAGGCACUGUGGAAGACUCAACCACACAAACUGAGCGCCCUCCUAGCUCAUGUGAUUCAAAUAACCCAUCUACUGUAGUUACAGAGAUGCGCAUGUCGGUACUCCUUGCUCAAGAAUCAGAUGACUUAGGGGGUUCCAAGAAUGAAAAUGCUGUAACUGCUCCAGCACCACCAAUUAAAAAGAAAGCAAGUCGAAAGCAGUCACGUGAGAAACAGCAAUAUGGCUCCAAGGACAGCGUUAAAGUUGUUAAUGAAUUAAGUGGACCGCGAAGUAUGGAAACAGUAGACCCAGCAGAAACAAGAAGUCUACUAGAUGAGGACAGAUCUGAAGUUGAUGUUGGACCAGGGGGUGAAUGCUUGCAGCGACACCAGAACCCACGAGAUGUUGAAAACCAACAGAAAGAGUUAAGGGCUCCACAAGCUGAGGCAGAGGUGGAUGAUGAUGAUGCAGAGGAGGGAGAACAUGUGUUAGAAAAAGAUGAAGAAGAACAGAGACACCAGUCCAUUGUUGUGUUGGCAGACUCAACUGUUACUGAAAGUGAUGAGAAUGAUAUACCUCAAGUAGUUUCUGAUUCUCCAGCUGUAACACCGAGGAAGACCCCGCGGAGUAACCGGAGUGCCGCUUCAUCAGAUACGUCAGUUCCAGCUUCCCCAGGUGGGGGAACAUCAAAUGUCACCCACCAGAGUGAUUCUGUCUCUCUCCCUGGCACACCCUUAAGUAAUGCCUCAGCCAUAAGUAGGUCAUCUGAUGCAUCUGUAAGCUCUGCCUCAUCAACACGGGCUCUCCUAUCUCAUCCAAUGGAUGGUUCUCCUGCAAGUGUCGUCUAAAUCAAAUUAUCUUGAUUAUGUAUGAGUGGAGUUAUGGUAUGGUAUGAGUUGGAAGAGGAACUUCCUUGGUGUUAUUUUGAUUUUGUGAUAUAACGUUCUUAAGCAUUUAGAUGUAUGAUGUGAUUAUGAAGUCAUUAGUAAUUUUAAAAUAUUACUCUGAAUAUUUGUUGUAACUGUUGGAUUUAGUAAAAGAAGGACUUAAAAAGUAUUAAUUUGAGAUAUCAAAUUUCUUCUCGCUGAAUAUCGACUAUUUUUUAUAUAAAGUAGCACUGUGCACAUAUUAGAAAUGUGUUGAAACAUAUAGGUAUCAAUAAGGUAGUUUUCACACCAGACUUAGACUUAUUAGAAGUCAGAGAGCAAUUUUAAAACCAAAGUGGUCACAGUAUGCAAGUACAGUACAGUAAAUUCCCUCUAAUCCAGACUAAUUGGGGGAAAGGCCUGUCCAGUUUGGCAGAAAUUCUGGGAUGGGCUGGGGGUCUGUAUUGCAAAGUGGAAAAUUCCAGUGAGUGGGGGGAUUUCAGAGUCAAGCUGCUUAAGAACACUGAACCUACUAACUCUUGGUACAGCUGUACUCAGCGAGUCACCAAGCAACUGGUGUUACUGUCUCAGCGGUGGCACACAGCUUCAUUCAAGAUUAGAUUCACAUUUUCUGUCUUCUAGACUAGAAUUCAAGCCUUUUCCUCCUUUGUCAGGUAUGUUCCAACCAUCUUGAUGUACUAUACACAGAAAUAUUGUUUAGGACAAGUAGGCGAUACACAUGAAAUUUGGGGGCCGAGUCAUGAAGUGACACAAUAUACUAUACUCACACUUGCUGUUCAGGGUACACUUAGGUGGCCAGCUGCUGCCUCAUCCCUUACAUCACUACCUGUCACCAGACGUACAAUAAAUCAAAUUUGUGGUACAUACAGGCUAAUUUACACAAAUAUUUUUGCCACAUGUCAUUGAGCACAAAAACAUGGCCCUUUUGCAUUUUUUUUUUUACAGACUCGCACAGAAUUUAUUCUGGAUCAUUAUGAUACCAAACUCAUCUUUCGAACACAAUUGGAACAGAUAGUAUGGACAAAGGUUUAUACACUUUCACUAGCUGUAAGUAUUUUCAUUCGUGGGAGAAUGAGAAGAGAAUUAUACAAAGUAGAAGAGUGUUUCUAAUGUAUACAAUAUUACUUCUCUAUAAUGUACUUGUGAAUAAAAAAUAGAAACACAUAGUACAUGUUAACAAUAAAGUAAUGUACAUUACUUAUUAAUUAUUCACUUAUCAUGAGGUGAGGAGGCUGGUGGUGAUUUUAUGACAUUCACCAAAGGUGAAGUGGAGAUUGUUUUCUCUGGUUAUUUAAUUGACUGCAUAUGCAGUACUGUACACUUAUUUACAUUUCUUAGACUCUUCACUUUAGUGCUCCUCAGAGACAGCUACUGGGUUGCCUUCCUGUGCCACCACAAUAGCAGCCCCCACUUAUGCAAACUUUCCCCUGUACUAACUGGAUUUUGGUUAUGUUUUUGGGGUUGGGGAUACAUGUGUUUGGUGCAAGGGGAUCUGGAUGAAGAGAUUCUGGGUUAGAGGGAGUUUACUAUACAGUAAAAUAUUGUGCAGUUAACAAAUUUUAAGUUUCGGGUUCAUAAUAGUUCGUGGUAAUAAUAAAGUACAGUAUAUCUUUAUUCAUCCCUAAUCUCCCUAUAUAUACAAUCAUUCCAUGUAUGAAAAUCAAGAUUCAUACCUUGAAAUAAAUUUAAAUAACUUUUCAGUGAUUUAUUGAUUGAGGUGUAAUAAGCAAAACAAGUACUGUACAGUACCUUCUUUUAUUCAAAGAAGUGAAGUAUAGAUCUAUGUCUAACUCUGGUAAAGUCAGGCAUUAUCAAAUAAUUUAUAAUUUUAAUGGUCAUAGGACACGUGUAUGGUAACUAUAUGCAUUAUAACCAGAUGGAAGGGUUUCCUUUUUAGGACAUAGCUUAUGUUAAUCCAGGCAUAAUGGUAGAAUUUAACUGUUAGAAAUUAUACAGAUAAUCACACAUGCCUCAUUUCACUCGUAUAUUCAUGUACGUAUUAGAAAAUAUAUUGUUUUGUAAAAAUAAGGGUAAUUCUGCUCUGAACACUGGCUACCUUAGUUUACUCCCUACCAAGGUUGUAUACAUAUGCCCCUUCAGGUAUGAAUGAUAUGUAAUACGAUGGAUACAGUAUAUUGUUUCUACCAUAUAGUUUCCUUUCACUUAAUUUUUUUUUUUUAUUCCUAUCACAUUUU